GUUUGAAAUUACAAAGCAUAUACAUACAUAUCUCUCUGUCCAGGAAGAGAGAGAGAGAGAGAGAGAGAGCGUCAAUGGCGACGAAUAUAGGGAUGAUGGACAGUGCGUACUUCGUCGGUAGGAACGAGAUUCUGACGUGGAUAAAUGCCAGGCUUCAACUCAAUCUCUCCCGCGUCGAGGAGGCUUCACCCGGUGCCGUGCAGUGUCAAUUGAUGGACAUGAUCUAUCCAGGAGUUGUUCCAAUGCACAAGGUGAAUUUUGAUGCGAAAUCUGAAUAUGAUAUGAUCCAGAACUACAAGGUGCUGCAAGAAGUAUUUAACAAACUAAAGAUUGACAAGCACAUUGAUGUCAACAAACUGGUUAAGAGUCGACCUUUGGACAACUUGGAAUUUUUACAAUGGUUGAAGCGCUAUUGUGAUUCUGUAAAUGGUGGCAUGAUGAACGAGAAUUACAAUCCUAAAGAGCGCAGAAGUAAGGGUGGUAAAGAACGGUGUCCAAAGGGCUCCCAUAGGAGCUCAAAGUCACUGCAAGCAAACAAUUUGCAUAAUUCUGGAUCUGGUGAAGGAAUGGGACUUAAUAAGUCUUUUGGGGCCAAGCAAGGGAUAACAGGUGGCUUAGCAGCCGGGGCUAAUUCUUCGGUGGAGAUUGAGGCUCUGACCAAGGAGAUCACUGACCUUAAGCUAUCUAUGGAUCUUUUGGAAAACGAAAGAGAUUUCUAUUUUGCGAAGUUACGAGAUAUUGAAAUACUUUGUCAGACUCCAGAGUUGGAGAAUCUUCCGAUGGCAAUGGCAAUUAAGAAGAUAUUGUAUGCUACUGAUGCUAAGGAAAUGGUACCUGCUGAAGCUCGAGAAAUUUUGCAUGAAUCUGCGACGGAAGGUGAAACUGAUGGGGACAAUGAACCUAUUAAUGACUGAAAUAACUGGGGUCCUUACCUACUAAAGCUCAUCAGGAAGGCACUCUGGCUAACAAAUCAUCGGCUUUCUCUAGUUUCGGUAUACAGUCGACCGUUCACCGCUUAUAGAAUUAGGAGAUCAAUAUCAGACUAGAUUCAACGGACAUCAAUACCAGACUAUUUUCGCUUACCAAUAAUUUCUGACCUGUAUGUGACCGGAUGAUUAACCAGUGAACAAAAAUCGCAAAUGGUGGAAAUGCCAUGGGGGCCAAUGCUUUUCAUGGUGUUUAGCAAAACUUUCAUCUUGGAAUGGUUGGAAAGAAAUCCCUCUUCCAUCUGA